AAAAGUUUCAAAAACCAAUCUGACAUUCCACUUUUGUUGUGCAUAAAAUAAACACUACAUUUUUUUACUUAAACAAGUUGCAACCAAGCUGCAACACGUCGUAGACAUUCUGUAUAACCUUGAAUAUAUUACAAGAAAGUUAGAAAAAAAGCACAAUGUGGACAUCGUUUAGGCUUUUAUUUAUCUUAGUAUCUAUACGAUUCACAAAAUCGAUUGAUAUAAAAGACAUAAAUAUACCGGUUGAACAUAUUCCAUACGUUUUUAAUGCAUUCCCAAAUAUUGCAAAAGCUUGUAUUUUGGACCCAGAAUGCCAAUACAAAACAUUGACAGAAACAAAAGCAUGCUGGGGCUAUGAGAAUGAAUGCGAUAUUAAAGAUUCUUACCACAUCAGGCCAAUAUGUCCUGGUGAUCAUAGGGGAUGGGUUAAAACGAAGGAAGCUCAAUAUGAUACUUUUUAUACCCAAGCCGAUUUUGGAUAUAUUAAGGAGCAAAUCAAUGAAUUAAUGGUAAUGUGUCAAGCCUCAUAUCAAGAUGACACUUCAUUGGAAUGUUCAAAAUAUUUAAGGUUUUGCCGAGGUCGCAAUAUGAUGCUUAACUUCACUGGGCUUGUAGGGCGGGGUGAUAAUCUACGAUAUAAAAUGGAUAUUCUUGGUCCUGGUCAAAUAGGUGGUUACUGUAAAUUUUUUUCACAAAGACUUCUUAAGGAAGCAGAACAUAUGAGUGCAUUACAAUCAUGGUCCCCGGAAAUGGUGAAUUUUGUCAAAACUGAUAAGAGGCCUAUAUCUGAUGGUUUAUGUGAUGUAGUUAUUGAUAAACCAACAUAUAUUAUGAAAUUGGAUGCUUCUGUGAACAUGUACCAUCACUUUUGUGACUUCUUCAAUUUGUAUGCCUCUCUGCAUGUUAACUCGACGCAUCCAUCUACUUUCUCCAGAGAUAACCAUAUUUUAGUAUGGGAGACAUUUUCAUAUGAUUCUGCAUUCAAGGAAACUUUUAAAGCAUUUACAAAAAAUCCAAUUUGGGACUUGAAAAAGUUCAGAGGGAAAGUAGUCUGUUUCAAAAAUGUAGUGUUCCCUUUACUACCUCGAAUGAUAUUUGGUCUCUAUUAUAAUACUCCUCUGAUUUAUGGCUGUGAAAGAAGUGGAUUAUUUCAUGCAUUUUCAAAACAUAUAACACAUUCCUUAAAUAUUAAGCUUCAUCCUAGAACAGAUGACAGAGUGCGGGUAACAUUGCUUUCAAGAGGAACGACAUACAGGUCAAUACUGAAUGAAAAGCAAAUAGUAGAAGCACUGAGUAAGGAGAAGGGUUAUUACGUGCAGAAAGUUGUGUAUGAUAGGAAUAUGCCUUUCAAAAAGCAACUAGAGUUGACCCACAACACGGAUGUGUUUGUUGGUAUGCAUGGAGCUGGACUUACGCAUUUAUUAUUUUUACCAGAUUGGGCGGCAGUAUUUGAAGUGUACAAUUGUGAAGACCCCAAUUGUUAUGCUGAUCUCACUAGACUUCGAGGACUAAAAUACGUCACAUGGGAAGACAAAACUAAAUUAGUUCAGCAAGAUGAGGGCCAUGGACCAGGGGGAGGUUCACAUGCGAAAUUCACAAACUAUUCGUUCGAUGUGAAGGAAUUUUUGAGAUUAGUCGAGAAAUGUGCUGAGCACGUACGCAAGCGUCCUGAUUUUAAUAAUUUUAUUUCAGCUUCUUUAAAAAAGAAAUUAAACGAAGAACUUUAAUUUUAAUAAAUCGUAAUCUAUUGUUUUGUGAAAUGUGUAAGUAUCUUGAAACGGUACCUGUUGUUUAAAAUUGUUUUAUUUUGGAGUAAUUGUUACUUUUGUUAAGUAAGUAGUUAGUAGUACAUAUGUCACGAUAAGUUAUUCAACUUAUCGCGAUAUAUGUAUUUAUAUUAAGGUCAGGGGGGCUAGCUCCGGCAUAGUUUUUGCAUACCUCACAUUAGUAAGCUCAUAUAUCAAGCACAAUUUGUUGGUGUACCUAUGUCGAGGUUUAACACAAUUAAUAAUUAUUAUUAAUCGUUUAUAUGUACUUCCAUAUGUUAUUCACAUUAGGGGCCGUUCAAGUAUUACGUAACGCAAUUUUUGAAGGUUUUGGCCCCCCCCACCUCUUAUGUAACACGCCGUAACGUUUUCCUGUACGCCCCCGCCCGCCUCAAAAAUGUAUGUACCUCUAAAUAUUUUUUUUUUGGAAACGUACCGGAAAAUCGCUAAAAUACUUGUUAUUGUUUUAAAAUAAAAAAAACGAUGUUACACAAUGCAUUGUUCGAGCUACACCUCCCGCGCCUGUAACGCAUCGUAACGUUUUACAAGACCCCCCCCCCCUCCAAAUGCGUUACGUAAUACUUGAACGGCCCCUUUGCUAUCUUCAGAAUCAUAUAUACAACUUUAUUUUAAAGCUUGGCCACUAGAAGGCUUUUUCCCUUCAUAAACGGGACAAUCCGUUAAAUGAGUGGAUUACAUGGAAAUCUCUUAUUAUUUGAUGUAUUAAUGUGAUAAGAUUAUAAUGUAUCGGCAGGAGACAGUUCAUUUUGAGCAUAAAAAAUACACGUCGAAUUGAGAAUAUUCUUUCUUUGAUGUCGGUUAAAAUCUUAAAAAUAAUGUCUCGCCUGCUGUUUAUGUGCCAAUAUGUGCAAUAUUUUUCGGGGGCUAUUCCGGCACCAAGAGAAAGCCCAGGCUUAUACUAAAGUUUUUUUUAUCGUUUUACGCCAUCUAGGUGUUUUUAUAGGAACUAAGGAGUUAAGCAGUUUUAUGGAUAAGAUUCCUCAAUUCGAACGCCGUAAUUUAAAAAGGAUAAUUCGCUCCGUAUACGGAACAGGACCGCCUGACCUUAGAUGAUUUUCUCAUGUUCCUAAUCUAUGCAACAUAAAUGCCCAAAACCAACUAUUUAUGUUAACGUAGUAUGCUUGGCAGUUGCAUAGAGUAGAUUUCGCCGCCCGGAUCGAACCCACAGUUUGAAGCUCCAAGGCGAGCGAGAGCAAAACGAAGCAUUGCGUUCACAUUGUCAAUGAACAUAAGGAAACAAAACAUGUUUUACAUAUUUUAACAGACGAGAUUUAAAAAUUACAUUAUGUUUACGAGGGUGCGAACGCAAAUAUUAAGAACAAAUCAUUUUUAGCCCUUAUGGCACGUGGCACUAUACCUUUUUAAUGAACACUAGUAGUUAUGAUGUUCGCUGUUUUAGUAUUUGACUAUCUUGUCAAUUAAUAGACUACGGAAACUAACGUGAAUACAGGGGAACGAUACCUACUUAAGAAUUUUCUUUUUGUCUUCUUUUUAUUAUUCUGUGAUUUAGCAAUGUAUGUAAGCUCAAAUUUUAUUUGAUAAUAAGUAAUAUGGAAUUCAUUUCGUCUAAAUGAAUUUAAUAUCUCAUGCAUAAUCUCUUAGUCAUAGUCACAAGAUUGUUAGCAAAGUGUAGUUAGUGUAGCUAAAUGAUAGAAGAAAAUUUAAAAGCCUUUUGAACAAACACAGUGAUACAAAAAAAAAUAUACACCGUUACUUUUUAAUUACCAAAAAUAAAAAAUAGCGUUAUUUGCUGUUGUUUUUAAACACAUAGUUGACAAAAAAAUAUGAUGUCAUAAGAUUAUCCCUAAAAUAAAUAUAAUUUUUAGUCAAAAGUUGCACUGAUACAAAAUGUUGGCCUUCUACCGUCCAUUAGUAAAUUGUCAAUUGAUGAACGUCAAACUGACCUGUGAUCUACAUAGUAUUUAUUAUUUAGUACUCAGAAAUUCACUACAUGUUGUGUCCAUAAUCAAAGUCCUUAAUUAUAAAAAAAAUUGCCCAUAGUUAAAUUAAUGCAGGAUUUAUGAAAAAUUUUACUCGUUAUAACUUUUCCAUUUAGAUUUAGACUAAAAUUCCGACCGCAUAUUUAUGAUAUCUUCCUUUGUAAAUAAACUCCAUUUCUGUUUUUGGGUACUUAAAAACGAUUGAUGUUUUCAUCAUAGUGGAAGCUUUGAAACGUGGCAAUUGAUGACAUUUAAAAACAACUCACUUAGGCUGGCUUGCAUAACGACUUAAUAAAUAUAAUUAACGUUAAAUAAAUUGAAUUCAUAGUCUGCCUUUUGUCAAUUCCUUAUAGAUGGCGAUGAUUAAAGACCGGCGAUAGCCUAGUUGGUUGUGGAACGGAAUGCCGAGAUGAACCGUAGGUUCAAAACCCAAGGGCACACACCUCUGACUUUUCUAAAAAUUAUGUGUGUAUUCUUUGUGAAUUAUCGCUCGCUUUAACGGUGAAGGAAAACAUCGUUAGGAUCCUGCACGCCUGAGAAGUUCUCUUUAGGAAUUUCGAAGGUGUGUGAAGUCUACCAAUCCGCACUAGGCCAGCAUGGUGGACUAAGGCCUAAUCCCUCUCAGUAGUAGAGGAAGCCCAUGCCCAACAGUGGGACAGUAUAUAAGACAGGGCUGAUAUAAUAGAUGACAGUGAGGAGAGAGAUGUGAGAUUACAGAGACAAAGUCGUGCAAGCCAUCCUAAGUGACAAAUUCAACCAAUUCCAUUUAGUGGUUUAUGCGUUAACUUCUAGCAAACUUACAAAACAACUUCACAAUCGUUCACAUUUAUAAUAUUAGUAUCUAGGAUUGGACACAUUCAGCAUUUCAAUAGGUUAAUUAAGUAAGUACUCAGUACUCUGUGAGCUACCAUGUACUUCGAAGCUCGAAACAUUGCAAAUAAUCUCGUUGUAGGUACUUCACAAAAAUGUUAUAUGGAGAUAGUUAUAACGUGUGAUUUUGUUAAGGGUCAACGAUUUAUCUCCACGCGGCUUUUUUUUUAUUGUUAUAUUAAGCGUACUAGAUGAUCAGUCAGUUUCAGUGUACAUUUAACUUAAGAUCAUCUUAAAUUAAAUGUAGCUCCACUAUCAUUAUGAUUAUAAUGUGAUCAGUAUUGCACAAUUUGCAGGCGCGGUAUGCGCUGUUCCUUGCUGUGAUGUUUUCGAUUAAAUAGUUGAAUUAUAAAUCAAAUAAAUUUAAUUGCAUUUUGUCUAGUAUUUAAAAGACACGUAUGAAGAAUUUGUAGUAUUUAUUGUUUUACUUUUACGGAUGUAAAGUGAAAUGUGGUAGCCAAAAUUAUAAGAUCUACGUGUAGCUAUAGUAGUAAUUAGGUAUUACUCGCGGCUGUGCCCGUGAGACUAGCUUUUCUCGCUAUAUUUUUUUUUAAAACACUAUAGGCUCAUAGCGUCAGUGUUAUCUAUUUAAAAACUAGAUUUAAAAAAAUGUGUGUGUAUGCAAUUGACACACGGUAGAAGUGAAACUUUUAAAAAAUAGCCUCCUAGAGAUUGAGAACGUUUAUUAUUUUGGCAUAAUAUUAAACAUACUUAUUAAUUUAUUAGUAAGAUUAAAAUAUUCCCUACCAUGAUCAUUAGAUACCGUACCUAAUGACAACUGAUCCAUAUAAAAAACAUAAAAUAAAAUAAUUUUAUGACGUUAAAACUUGAACCCUUUGUACCCAAAAUUCGAUUUUGUCACAUCGCACGUUAAAAACAAAAGUGGCAUUAUACGAAAUUUGACGGUAUUGAGUUAGAACGACAUUUGAAAUCGCAAUAGGCCAAUUAGGGUAUCACUAGAUGUCACAAGUGUCUAUUCAUAGUUUUAUGUUUUGUGUUUGUUCGUUAAACAUAAACUGACACUAAUCCAGUUCGUGUCCAGUCGUCAGCGACAAUUAAUGUCGCUCUAACUCAAUACCUCCAAAUUUCGUAUAAUGCCACUUUUGUUUUCAACGUGCGACAUGUGUAAACACAUCGAAUCAUCAUUUAGACGAAAUAGCCCUGGCAAUCGGCAUUCCAGGGUCUAAUCACGCCACUAGUUAGUAGGUAGCGUCUUGCCUGUUUUGUUAGCAUUGCCGAUGCUUGUGUCGCGAAAGGUUGCGAAAUUAUUAAAAACGACGAUAUAGUAUACUAUAUUUAUGGAUGAUUCUUAUUGGUGUUGCUAGGUUUUUAGUAAUUUCGCGACCUUUCGUGACACUCCCGCUCGGAAGAAAAGAGAUAUUGAUUUGUCAACUCCUUUGUCCAUUCUCUGAUCUUCAGCGCUUGGACGUUCACUAUACGCAGUAUUCUAUUAUAUCUAACUGUUCGUCUAUACUAUUGUUAAUUUCAUUUGUCACUGUGUUAUCACUUGUUAUCGACUCUAGGUUGUCGAUAGGUAAUUGGUUAAUUGCUUGAAAAUUGUUUCAUUAAGUUCCGCGGAUUCAUCUUUUUCAUUUGUUAAAGGUAUUUCUUUAUUAACCCGUGUUUUUUGUGUUUUGCAAUGGGUACUUUUGCGAUUGUAAUUUCAUCUACGUCCUUUAUGACUUUCGGUUGAUGGUAGCGCAUGCUUUUCGUCCGUUUCUUCUAUUUCCAAUGGGUAUAAGUGAGUAAUUAAUCUUGUAAAAGAAGAGUUUCCCACCUUUACCUUUACUGACCGACAUCUGAUAAGAUGCUCUAAUAAGAGAAACUAUUUCGCCAACUUUUCGACAUUCACGGUUUUUACUUUCUUUGAUCUGACCUACUUUAGGUACCUCCUUCGAUAAUAUUCUGGGUCCUUUGUGAGAAUUCCAAUAUCUUUUCUUCAGGCUCGAAAGACAUCGGUUUGCAAAUAUUUCUUUAAAUUCUUUUAGAAUUAUUCUAGCUUUUCUUCAACUCUAUACUAGGUCUGCCUUAGUAGUUGUACCUUCUAGUAGAUUUUUUUCCUGCGAAUCUACUAAGGUGAUGGAUCUACCAGGCGUAAGGAAGUUUGCUGGUGUGGGAACAUGUUCUAUUUCGGUGUCUACAGACGUUAAGGGUCCAGUAUUCAAUAUUGCCUCAAUUUCUUUCAUCACUGUCAUCAACUGAGUAUCCUUCAGUAAGUGUUUCUGUAAAGUCCUCUUCAUGCAGUGCUUAACUAAGCCCACUAAUCUUUCAUAGAAAUAUGCUACUUUGAUUCUGAUUGCAACACGGCUUCGAUACUAUUUCCUAUAUUGAUUUGAAAUAUAACGCGUUAUGAGUGUCGGUACACCUAUAACCGAUAUCAUUCUUGUAAGGGCAAGUAAGCCUUCUUCUGCUGUCAAAUCGUGUACCAUUUCUAAAUAUACGGCUCUAAUAGCUAGACAAGUAAAUAGACAUAAUCCAUCUUUUACUUAGGCUGUUUGGUGUGCUAACUAAAAUGGUCCAAGGUAAUCUAUCCCUGUAAAUGUAUAUGGUUUACUGAAAUUAACCCUUUCAAGAGGGAGCGUUGGUGUAGGUAGUAGUUUGAAUGGUCCACCACUACGUUUAAUGCGCCUUUUACAUUUCUUCAUUUUUUUUUGAUCUUUGCUCUUUCCUUGCGGGAUCCAAUAAGAUUGUCUUAUAAUACUCAAUGUAUGGUUUGCUCCUACGUGGUAAUUUUUCUCACGUGUCGUGUUACUAAUAUUAUCUGUAAAUUCACAAUAUUUCGGAAUGAGUAUAGGGUAUCUUUUAUCGAAUGACCAGUCUGCAUUUUUCUUUCUUUACACCUUAAUAUAUCGUCAAUAUCUUUAACGAACCUAUGUUUCUGCUGAGAUUUGUCUCAUUUUCUUUUAUUUCUUUGGGAAAAAGCUCAGACUGAAUGUUUUUUAAGUUUGUAGUGUUGAUUCUUGUUAUUUCUUUUAUUCUUAUGUUGAAGUCUGAGUUCUGUUCCAUCCCUUUUGAGGAUUCGUUCGAUGUUUGGAGGUUGACUGUCUUCUUUACAGUCGAUUUCGUGAGAGCCCGUGUGCAGUGGGGCAAAAUAUAGGCUUGUUUGACAUAUUUCAGUUUCCAACCGUAAUAUUUUUCAUAACGUAAUCUGACUAUAACUUUUGUAAAAUUAUAGAGCAAGGUUUUUAAAUGUAUUUAUAACUAUUUUAUCUAGUUUGAUUUUAUUUAAGUAUCAAUUUGUAAGGUCAUUGGAAAUCAGCUUUAUUACAUUUUUGACACGUAUUAAUUAUAUAAUUUUUUUAUUAAUUACUAAAAUCGAAUUUAUUAAGUUAUAAUAAUAAACGCAUUCCGAGAA